AGAGAGAGGUUUGCUGCAAUGCCAGAGUCCAGAUAGGGAAGAUGAUCUUAAAAAACAAGAAAUGAUAUUCAUGCAACAUAUCUGCAAGAAGGACACAACAUUAAUCAGUGAAAUGCAGAGAUCUCACACUCAAGAGGAUCCUUUUGAAUGCAAUGAUUUCAGAGACAAUUUUACUGAAAUACUAACAUGGACUCAAUAUGUGGUACCUAAAAUGGGAAAGAAUCCCUAUAUCAGCAGAGAAUGUGGAAAAGACAGCAGUUAUUUGACAUCUUUUAAUACACAUAAGCAGAGUCACACUACAAGUAAAUCAUACAAAUGUCAUCAACGUGGGAAUGCCUUUAUUCAAAGCUCUGCCCAUAGACAAACCAAUAAUACUCAAAAUGGAGAGAAAACAUUUGAAUGUCAUGAAUGUGGGAAGGCCUUUGGAAAAAGUUCCAACCUUAGGCGACACGAGAUGAUUCACACUGGAGUGAAACCACAUGGAUGCCAUCUGUGUGGGAAAGCCUUCACUCAUUGCUCUGACCUUAGGAAGCAUGAGAGAACGCACACGGGAGAGAAAUCAUAUGGAUGCCAUCUAUGUGGGAAAGCCUUCAGUAAGAGUUAUAACCUUAGGCGACACGAGAUGAUUCACACCAGGAAAAAACCCCAUGGAUGCCAUCUAUGUGGGAAAGCCUUCACCCACUGUUCUGACCUUAACAAACAUGAAAGAACUCACUUUGGAGAGAAACCAUAUGGGUGCCAUCUAUGCGGGAAGACAUUCAGUAAAACUUCUUACCUUAGACAACAUGAGCGAACUCAUAAUGGAGAGAAACCAUAUGAGUGUCAUCUGUGUGGGAAGGCGUUCACCCACUGUUCUCACCUCAGAAAACAUGAGAGAACUCACACUGGAGAGAAACCAUACGAAUGUCAUCUGUGUGGGAAAGCUUUCACUGAAUCUUCUGUCCUUAGACGACACGAGAGAACCCACACUGGAGAGAAACCGUAUGAAUGUCAUCUGUGUUGGAAAGCCUUUACUGAUUCUUCUGUCCUUAAACGACAUGAGAGAACUCACACUGGAGAGAAACCGUAUGAAUGUCACCUAUGUGGGAAAGCUUUCAAUCACUCUUCUGUCCUUAGACGACAUGAGAGAACUCAUACCGGCAAAUGCAGAAAGCCGGGAGGCCAGAGGACAGGCCGAGUCAUUGGUCUUCACUCGCUUGAGUAUGAUUAG